CUCUCAUUUGUCAAUAUAUCAAAACAAUAUUCAUGUUUUCAACAUUUUAAUUUGGUAUUUUUAAUUGUUAAACUACUAGAGAAUGCAAUAAUCGGUAUAUUACAUGUACUUUAAUAUAAGUACCAGUCGAUUCAAAAUCAACAUGGUUAUUUUACAAUUAGAAGAACAGCCAGCUAUAAUUCAAGCUAUUUUUGCUGGAGUCAUAGAUGAAGUUCAUGAACUCAUAGAAAAUAAACAGGAUAUCAAUUGUCUUGAUUGUGAAAAACGAACACCACUUCAUGCAGCUGCUUUCAAAGGAGAAGUAGACAUAACUAACGUUUUAUUGCAAAAUGGUGCUAGAGUCAAUGCUAAAGAUAGUAAAUGGGUUACUCCCUUGCACCGAGCUUGCUCUGUUGGUGCUGAAGAAGUGGUGGCUUUACUUUUGUGUUACCAAGCAGAUGUUGGUGCUAGAGACAGACUCUGGCAGACACCAUUGCAUAUUGCUGCUGCUAAUGGCUCAUAUUCUUGUAUAGAGCAGCUUUUAAAUCAUGUUCCAAAUUUAAAUGUUACUGACAGAUCGGGAAGGACAGCUUUACAUCAUGCCUCAUAUAAUGGUCAUACUGAUGUAGUUGAACUUCUCCUUUCUCGUGGGGCCAUGGUAAAUGCUUGUGACAAAAAAGACUGCAGGCCUCUACAUUGUGCUGUGCAGAUGGCCCAUGAUGACACCAUUGAGAUUUUAUUGAAGUUUGGCGCAGAUAUCAAUGCCAAAGAUCGAAACCAGUAUACACCUCUACAUGUCGUUUCUGCCAGUGGUAUUGAUUCCAUUUGUAAACUACUAUUGAAUGCCGGAGCUGAUGUAGAUGCUCAAAAUGUUUAUGGCAAUACUCCAUUGCAUAUAGCUUGUCUAAAUGGACGGUUGACAGUGGCUCAAGAUUUAGUGGUUGGUGGUGCGAAUUUGGAAUCAAUUAAUUUCAGGGGACAAACACCGUUACAUAUAGCAGCAGCCAGUGUAGAUGGGGUUGAAUGUCUCAUGUUUUUAUUGAGACAAAAUAUUGACUUAAACAAACAAAGUUCAGAUGGCAGAACACCAUUACACAUGACAGCAAUCCAUGGUCGAUUUACAAGAAGUAAAACUCUCAUGGACAAUGGUGCCCUUUUAGACUGUCCUGAUAAAAAUGGUUGUACUCCUCUUCACAUUGCAGCACAAUAUGGCCAUGAUUUAUUUGCUUAUACUUUGAUGACUUAUGGGGCAAAUGCGUCAAAAAAGGGUUAUGAAGGUAGGACACCACUUCAUAUGUGCUGCCUCGCAGGAUAUGUGGAAUGUGCCCGAAGGUUUGUACAAUCUGGUGUUGAUUUGAAUGAUCAAGAUGAAACCGGUAAAACACCCACACAUUGUGCUGCAUAUAAGGGAUCUUUUGAAUGUCUUGACUUAUUAGUGAGUAACGAGGCGGAUUUUAAAAUUGUGGACAAUUUGCAACGUCUUCCAAUACAUUACGCUGCUUCACGGGGAAAUGAUCAAUGUGUGUACACUUUAGUUGGAAUAGGAAGUCCAAUUAAUGCCCCUGAUGUUGAAGGGUGUACUCCACUUCAUUUAGCAGCAGCUUAUGACCACGAAUGUAAAUGCAUUUUGUAUCUUUUGAAUCAUAAAGCGGACACAAGCUUGAGAGAUAAUAGAGGGUUCACUCCUCUACACUAUGCAAUCGCUGGUGGGAAUGUUGAAGGCGUGCAAAUGCUCUUAGAUAAUGAACAAAAGUUGCAAGAACAAAAGUGCCAAAAUAUCGAUGGAAUAAAAAGAAUGAUCAAUAAAUGUUCAGUUGAUAUUAUGCCCCUGCAUUUAGCAGCAAAACUUGGUAACAUAGAAAUUCUUAGGAUGAUAAUGCCACAUUGUGAGGAUGUAAAUGUUAGGACGAAUCAGGGUAUAACUCCGCUAGUAUUAGCAGCAAGAGAAGGUCAUGUUCAGUGCGUACAUUUCUUACUUCGUUUUGGUGCCAAAGUUGCCUUAGCAGAUAAUAUUAACUUUAUGACACCAGUUCACUACAGUGCCAAAAAUGGUCAUUCUCAAUGUUUGACUAUGUUGUUGCAUAAUAGUGAAGACCAAAACGUGGUUAAUAUGCUUGAUAGACAACAUCGGACUGCCCUAAUGUUAUCAGUUUCUGGGAACCAUAUUGAUUGUGUUCAAACAUUAUUGAAAUGUGGGGCUGAUCCCAAUAUUGUAGAUACCGAUGAACAUUCUUGCCUUUUCAGAGCUGUAGUCAAUGGGCAUGAUGGGGUUGUACAACUCCUUUUAUCGAAUAAUGCUAAAGUACAGACUACAGAUGUCAACGGGAAGACUGUGCUUCACCUUGCAGCAGCUUGCGGCCACUUUGUUUGCAUGCAAAUGAUAUUGGACUACAUGACAGAAAAUGAGGUAAAAGCGAAAGAUAAUCAACAAUGUACUGCUUUACAUUGGGCAUGUUAUAAUGGUUAUGCGAAUUGUGUGGAGUACUUAUUAGACAAGAAUAUUUUUAAGGAAUUGGAGGAAAAUUCAUUUUCACCUGUUCACUGUGCUACAUUUUCAGGGUCAGACAAGUGCCUAGAAUUGUUAGUCAAUUAUUUUGGUGUCAAAGUUGUUCAUUACAAAGAUUGUAGAGGAAGAACGCCUUUACAUUUAGCUGCUUUACAUGGUCAUAUGGAAUGUGCCAGGUAUCUAAUUGAGCAAGGUGCAGAAGUACAGGUGGUAGAUGAGGAAGGGCGAACCCCUUUUAUAGCUGCCGCACAAUAUGGACAAACGCAAAUUAUUGAACUUUUGUUGACUUGUAACAUUGACCGUGCCUCAUGUGAUAAACUUGGCAAUACUGCUCUACAUUGGGCGUGCCUAAAAAAACAUAACCAGACUGCCUUAUUAAUUUUAGAAGACCCCCAGGGAGAAACUAUUAUCAGUAUUGCAAAUAAUGAUAAUAAAACGCCACUCCACAUCUCUUCAAGAAAUGGCUUAGUAGAUGUAACAAGAGAUUUGCUCAAGAAAGGCGCAUCCAUUUUAGCUGUUGACAAUGAGGGAUUGACACCUGCUCUCUGCUGUGCUCCAAAUAAUAACGUUGCACAAUGUUUGGCCUUAAUUUUACAAUCACUGCCCCAAUUUCUAGAUCCCAACAGUACACAAAAUGAUUCACUGAACCUUGCCUCCUUUUAUCACAACCUAACCCAAAAUGAAAACACAUGUAAAUAUAAAGAUGAGUAUUCCCAAACCAUAUCAUCCCAGUUGAAAAACCUCCAUUUUUCAAGCGGACAAAAGAUGAGUCAAAAAAAAACAUUAAGAAAAUGCGCGACAUUUCUGAACCUUGAUGAAAACGAAUCAAAUUGUUUCAUCAAUGAAGAUAAAUUGGAUAUUUCGUGGGAACAAAGACGCCCUCCAGAAAAGUUGGGUUUCAGUUUACACAAAUCUUACAGUGACAUGUCAAUUAUUGCACCUAAACAAUGGAAACAAGUUCACACUGGUAAAAAAAGACACUGUCGUGAAUGUUACCGAUUACAGCAUCGUUGCGAGGAGUGCAGUUUGAGACUUCUCCUUAAGAAACAUCUCACUGGAAGGACAACUCAAGAAGAAUUUCAAAAGUUCAUUUCGAAAUGUCUCACUGAAUCCUCUAAAGAGUAUCACCUACUUUUCAACAGUACCUUGGAUAGUAUCAGUAAAGAACUCAAUUUGUAUGAUAAACCAUCCAAAUUGCAUAAAAAACGGACUAGUGAAUCAAUUGGCUAUCAUAUGAUGUUAUUGAACAGAAACAAAUCUUUAAUAGGAAUUGUCAAAAAGCAUUCUCUCUCAACAAAAACAGAUCAAGAGAUGAGGAUAAAUAUGAUCCCUGUUUCUUGUUCUAAAAUUGAAAUAAAUCCGUAUGUCAGUGGAAAUGACAUAGAAAUAACUCGAUUUAUAUUAGACAAAAAUGAUCCUCUCCUACGAGCAGUCAUUGAAAGUUGUUCUAGAGCUAUAGAGAUGAACUCUUCUUUUAAACCUUUGGACAGUGGUGUAUCCAAGCCACUUGAAAUGAUACCACAGUUUCAUUUGGAGACGUCAAAAAAUCGAAAUGAGAAGGCAAGUGAAAACAGAAUUUUAACGCCUUUUCAUUCUGAGUUGAUUUCAAUUUUUCCUGAAAAACAGAAUUCUCAAGAAUUGGUUUUGAAUAGAGAACAUGUUGGCAUCCAAAGUGAGGACAAAAUUAACACCUCUACUCAUGAAUGUGAAGAUAAUUUUGUGAGAAAUAAUUCAUUAGUGUUUUCAGAUAAUUUUAAUUCCGAGCGUUCACUAAUGAAGAAGAAAAAAUCAAAACCUGAAGUUGUCUGUAAUAUGAUUUGAUUCAAUAAAUCUUUGAAUGUUU